AUGAGCGCUUCGAGGUUCAUAAAGUGUGUGACCGUUGGUGACGGAGCUGUGGGUAAAACCUGUCUCCUCAUUUCUUACACCAGCAACACUUUCCCUACGGAUUACGUUCCGACCGUUUUCGAUAACUUUAGCGCUAAUGUUGUUGUUAACGGAGCCACUGUCAACCUUGGCUUGUGGGAUACCGCUGGGCAGGAAGAUUAUAACAGAUUAAGACCCCUGAGUUACCGUGGUGCUGAUGUUUUCAUAUUAGCCUUCUCUCUCAUUAGUAAGGCUAGUUAUGAGAAUGUAUCCAAAAAGUGGAUCCCUGAGCUGACUCACUAUGCCCCUGGUGUCCCAAUUGUUCUUGUUGGCACCAAACUAGAUCUUAGGGAUGACAAACAGUUCUUCGUUGACCACCCUGGUGCUGUACCUAUUACCACUGCUCAGCUUGAGAUAGUUUUUAUUUGUAUGUUAAUGAAAAUGCAGAACGUGAAGGGAGUAUUUGAUGCCGCGAUUAGAGUGGUACUUCAACCUCCAAAGCAGAAGAAAAAGAAGGGGAAAGUACAAAAGGCCUGCUCCAUUUUGUAAUCUCUCUCUCUUGUCUCUACCACUCUCUAGUGAAGUCUUAAGAAGAAGAAGAAACACAUUGGGCUUAAAGAUGUUUCAAGUUUGGUUGUGAUAAAGCUCUCUCUUAAUCCUAAAAAAGACUUGAUUACUUCUGUUUUGCUGAUAAAUUGUUUCCAGCUUUAGCUGAG